UCUCCUCCUUCCUUUUCAAGCGUGGCUCUCCAUCUACACCUGACCUGUUCUCUGAGAGUUCCACAAACUUUGUCUAUUUUUUGUCGCUCUACCUUUUAAAAGCAGACCAACUCUUGUGAUAUUGAUAAAUGACUAUGGCACGCAAAAAGAAUAAGCAAGCUUACAAACCGCCAGCUGGUGGGGCCACUAUCACGCCUGCUCAAGUAAACAAAACAAAAGCUCCAUUAGACAGUAAAACAGAAGCAUUCGUAGACAGUUUGUAUAAUGCAACAUUUCAGAGGUACGAUGCACGACCAACAUCCAUGGAAGGUGUUUAUAUAGUACUUCGCUGGUAUAAAUUUAGUAAAACAUGGAUAACGCUGUAUGUUGGUGAAGGAGAUAUCCGUUUAGAACUAAACCGCUUAUUUGGCCCCUGCAAGACAUGCAAACCAAUUACCAAAUACUUGUCAUCAGUUUCUAAGGCUGAUCGUAAGAGAUUGCUUGCUCUGAAGUGGAUUCCAUAUCCUGAUUUUAAGACUACCAUGAAAGAUAUCAGAACUGUCAUUGCUGCAAAAUAUAAUGAUGGUGGUGAACCGCCAUUUAAUUGCGUUUAGCAAAACAUAAGAAGGCUUUAGCCUGCUUGUAUACAGAAUAUGAAAGCUGGUCUAUCUUGUGAAUAUAAGUCCAUCUUAAACAUCAAAGAGGUUUAAAGAACAGAAAACCUAUUUUUGCUGUGAAUUACUUUAUAAUUCUCACAACUUCCAAUUUGGUAAAUAAAUGAUGAAUCUAUAUGAA